AUAAAAUUCGCCAUCAUGGGGAAGUCUUUUGCAAAUUUCAUGUGCAAGAAAUUCUUUCAUCCUGCAUCGUAUGCUAACAUAAAACGGGUAUGGAUGGCAGAGCAGAGAACAGACGCAGAGAAGACGAAGCAAGACAACCUGAGAGCCGAGUAUGAGAGAGAACAAGAUACAUACACAAACAGGCAGCUUAUGGGAGACAUACGUGUGAAGCAUGGCCUGAACUUCAUGUACGAGCCUCCCAAGGGCAUGAAGACGGAGGAGAAGGAGGACGGGGACCAGGAGUACAAGUUUGAAUGGCAGCGUGGGGCUCCCCGAGAGGGUUAUGCCAAGGACAUGGACGUCACGGAUCAACCGUUCGGCAUCGCUGUCCGCAACGUCAAGUGCAUCAGAUGCCACAAGUGGGGCCAUGUCAACACUGAUAGAGAGUGUCCAUUGUAUGACCAGACGAAGGAUGAAGAGAUCGCUGGACCAAGCACGGACAAGGAUGACCUCAUGGAGGACAUGAGAAGAGAUGGCUUGGCUCUCAAACAGAACGUACUGGGAAGGAAGGUCAAUGGCCAAGCUAAGAAUCAGAGAUUCGUUGGUAGCAGUGAUGAUGAUGAGGAUGAGGAUGUUGAACCAGAAGAGGCAUUCCUCAAAUCCCUCUCCAUGAAAGAAAAGAUCAAAUUACUGAAGAAGUUGGACAAGAUGGAGAAGAAGCAGAAACGUCUAGACUCCAAAAGCUCUAAGAAAAGAAAGGACAAAAAGAAUAUGAAGAGGAGGAAACCAUCACAUUCAUCAGAUGACAGUGAUAACAGCUCAGAUGAACGUGACCAGAGAGACAGAAGAAGGGAGAAAGAAGGAGGACACAAUGAAAAGUCAAGAAAAGGACGCUAUUCCGACUCUUCUGACCAAGAGAGCGAUUCAGAACAAGACCGAAAAAGGAAAUCUAGUUCAAAGCAUCAUGAGGAGAGGAGGACGAGCAAGAAGGAACCAGAUAGCGAUAGUGAGAGUAGGAAGAGGGCAAGGAAAGACGAUAGAAGGAAUGAGGUUAGAAAGAUAAAGAGAGAACCUCGAAGCGAUAGCGAGGAAAGAAGGCACACAAAAAGCUACAGGAGAGAAGACAAUGACAGCCACAGAGAAAGAAAAAUUAAAAUUAAAAUUGAAAGGAGAAGUCGAAGUCCUGAUUCUCCAAGCCAUGGUAGACACGAUAGGAAUGGAAAAGAUAGGCAGAUGAAGGAGCGAAGAGAAGAUGAGGAUGACAGGAUGGACAGAAGGAGAAAGGAUGAAAGAUCUCGCUCACCCAGCAGACGAAGUGAUGACAGACACGGAGGAACAAGUUCAAGGAACUAUCGAGAUGAUGUGAAAACCCACAAAGAAAGCAGACGGGAUAGAGAUAGAGAUGGGGGUGAGAAGGAUAAGGAGAAGAAGAAAGAGUACAGAGAGGAAAAGGACAGAGGGCGUCAUCGCCAUGGUGACCGUGAGGAACGAUACAAGGAUGGAGGAAGGCACUAGAGAGAGGAAUGAAAGCCCAUUCACGUAUGCCGCGGUAAACCACUGCUUCUCUUUGCUACGCACAACAGAGGUCAUAACCAUACUUGGUUAUCGGUGUGUCAUAAGGUGCCGAAAAAUAAACAUGGUAUGCUUUAACAUAGCAGCCAACCAUUCCUGUUUUGGAGGAAUGAUUCCUAUUUUUCUGCCUUUAAAGGCCGUCUGUACUAGUUCAGCCAGAAG